GUAAAUGUAACAAAAAUGUUUCCACUUUUUCAGGCAGCAAAGGAUGUUUAUGAUAUUUUACUGAAGCGGUUCCGUAAAGAGAAGGAUGUCUGGAUUCACUUUGCCAUAUUUUGUUACAAAAACAGUUUCUUGGAGCAAGGAAGGGAACUGAUUGAGAAAGCUGUACAAGUCAUCGACAAGAAAAAUCAUGUAACAUUGGUUUCUAAAAUUGCACAGCUGGAAUUUAAAUACGGAGACACCCAGCGUGGUACGACGAUAUUUGAAAAUAUCAUCAGUAAUUACCCACGAAGAACAGACCUCUGGUCCAUUUAUAUCGAUAUGGCAAUGUCACUGGACGAUAAAGAACAAAUCAGGCAUCUCUUUCAACGAGUAACAAACUUGAGGCUUUCCUCUCGUAAAAUGAAAUUUUUCUACAAACGUUAUUUAGACUUUGAAGAGAAGAGCGGUGACCAAGAAAGCCAAGAGGCUGUGCGCGAGAAAGCAAAGCAAUACGUGAAUGAACUGGGUUGAGCUGCUGUCACAGUAAUUCCAUUCAUUGUUUGUAGAUAUUUCAUCACAGCAACAAAGACAUGAAAAAUAAGUGUUGCUCGAAGCAGGAUGGAGGGGAAGGAUCUGAUGCUGUUGGUAUGGACAUUUGGCACCAGAUUUAAAAAAAAAAACAGACACAAAACAAAAGAAAAAGAAUAAAAUAAAUAUCUGAAGUCAAA